AUUAUGGGCAUGGGAAAAGGGCGCCAAUCAGUGAAAAUCUCCAAUUGUCUAUCAGGUCAUAUGGUCAUUCAGGUAUCUCACUUGACAGUCUCGUGAUCGACACCCAACCAUUCUGAGGUCCUUCCAGUUCCUCCCUAAAUGACUCAGUAGUGUUACAAUACCAGAUUUUUAGAAGGGAAUGGUUAUAAUUAUCGGUGUCAAGACUUAAACAGAAAUAAUGGCAUCUUUAAAAGUGGAAGAAUUUCUGUCGGGACCUUUGGUGACUUGGUUUAUCAGUUGCCUCAAUGAUCCAAAUUCAUUGGCAACCUAUAGUGAUUUGGUGGAUGGGGUUCUACUACACAGUGUUUACCUACAAAUAGAUCCAGAACCCUUUUAUAAUCGAAUUACUGCAUCCAAUGGCAUUGUGAACAUAAGAAUAAAAAAUUUGGAAUGCAUCCUGCUAAAUGUGAAACAGUUUUAUGAAGAACAUUUAGGACAUCUCCUUCUGAAAUCUCCUGAUACAACAAAUUUGGCAAAAAAUCCAGAAUCACAUAUAGAAGACAUGAAACUAAUGCUCCUUUUAAUUUUGGGCUGUGCUAUUCAUUGUCCAAAAAAAGAAAAAUUUAUCACUAAUAUCAAAACUCUUCACGAGAAGACGCAACUUGCAAUUGUUGAAUAUAUAAAACAGAUAACUGAUUAUCAGGAAAUUCUCAUCAGCCAGGAAUCAUUGGAAAACGCAAAUUUGGGUGGUUUAUUCACUCAGGUGCAGAAAUUAAUGAAGGAGAGAAAUUUCUAUUACGAGAAAUCUAAAAACCUUGAGCUAAAUGAAAAUGAAAUUUUGGGUAAUUCGACAAUGUUGAUCUCAUAUUGCGAGGAACGGAAUCAAUCAGAAAUAAAUUCUACAAUGAAAAUUGAUAUUGAGGAAGAUCAUCAUUGUCCUGCACUAUCAGACUGGAAAGCCAAAUUCAGAAAAUUACGUCAUGAAUUAGAAGAAAAAUCGGAAGCUUUACUGGAAUGUAGAGGAGAAGUCGAACACAGCACCAUGCUUCUUUCGAAACUUACUCAAGAGAAUCAAACAUUAAUGAUGGAAGCUCGAACUGCAAAAUCUUAUCGGGAUGAGUUGGAUGCGGCGAUUGAAAAGGCUCAAAAAGUUGAUCGUCUUGAGGUGGAAAUUUCUCGUUAUCGUGAAAAACUGAGCGAUAUUGAAUUUUAUAAAACAAGAAUUGAAGAACUGCGAGAGGAUAAUAAAGUUUUGUUGGAAACGAGAGAAACUUUAGAAGAGGAAUUAAAUUCACAAAUGAAACGAACCGAGAAAAUUCCGGAACUUGAGGCAGAAAGUUUAGAACUCAAGAGGCUUCUUAACAAUAUGACUUUGGAACGCAUAGCAGAUAAAGAAAAAUAUGAACAGCUGCGAGAAGAAAAUAUUCAUCUUCAGUGCUUCAUAAAAUCUAAACAUGAAACUUCAGUAAGACAAUCUCUUAACGAUUCCUCAGAAGAAUCAGAGAUUUUGAACAGUUCCUUGUCGGAACAAUUAAAAAGUUCUGCACAGACAUACACUCUGAAACUCGAACUGGAAAAUCGUCGCCUUUUAUCAGAGUUAGAGUCGAUAAAACAAAAUUCUAUUCAGAAAGAUUCGCUCCGAAUUCUGGAAUUGGAAAAUGGGAAAAAGGAGCUUCAAUUGAAGUUGGACUCCUUCGUAAAGAAUAAUGAAAGAUUGUCAAAUAAAAGUUCGAAUUUCGAAGCCACUUCCCGAAUUGGGGAACUGGAAAAGGAGAAAAAAGAACUUAAAUUGAAAGUUGAUUCUCUUACAAAAAAUAAUGAGAGGCUGACUCAGAGAAAUUCCAAUUUGGAUUACACUUGCAAGGUGAUGAAGCAGGAAAAACAAAAUCUGCAGGUUGCAUUUGCGAAACAACAGGCGGAAAUUGAAGAUCAAAUAAUUCUGGAGUCACAUCAUGAACAACUUAGCAAUGAUUACGUAAAACGGCUUCAAGAAAGAGACCAUUUAAAAGCUAAUUUAGAAGAUUGCGAAAAAGAACUAAAAUCUUUGAAUGAUUCCUACAGAAGACUUCAAAAUAUAAAUAAGAGUCUGCUGAACGAACGAGAGGUUCGAGAAAAAGAUAUUAAGAUAUUGCAGAAUUUUAAAAGAGAAUAUAAAAAAUUACAGGAUGACUUCAAAAAUAUGUUUACGAGAGCAGACAUACUGAGGAUAAAAAAUAAAAAAUUAGAGAAAACUAAUAUGGAUAAUUAUAAGAAAUUGACUGAAAUGCUCAAAGAAGUAUGUGCCAAAGAGGCUAGAUGUUCGAAUUUAGAACUUCAAGUAGAGAAUUUAAAUCAACGAUGUCAGGAACUUCAUGACUUUAAUUCAGUUUUGGAAGAUGAAAAGCGAAAAUUGAUGGAUCGAUUAACCGAUCUUGUGAAUCAGAAUAGGGAUCUUUUUACGCACACUUUAGAAGACAAAGAGUAUUUCUACAAAGAGGAACGAAAAUUCAAAGAAAGAAUCCAUCAUAUGAGCACAACGAAUGUCCAGUUGGAACAGAAGAUUAUGGAUUUCUACAAAACUUUACCUGCUAAUAUUGCCCCACCUACUCACAAUAAGAAAAUAAGUAGCUUUGGAUCGACUUUGGUGAGAAAAGUGAAGAAAGCAGGUUCUGAAAUACUAGGCUUGAAUCGCCGAUCUUCUAGUUCUUGGGCUGACGACUUCAAGCGUGCAGAUGAGAGGCCCUCUGAAUUCGAUCUUGGGUUUGGAGAGAAUGAUUUCGAAUCAAACAAAAAUAUGACCCUUGACCCCCGACUACUCAGAGGAAAAAGACCACUGCGUGAUCGAUUGUCUUUAGGGAUUUUAGGAAGAGGAAAACUCUCUUAUUGUUCUGAAGAUUCUGUAAUUCCUACAUUAGCUACGGCACUUGACAAAAGUUUCUCCGGAACUUUUAAUUACUUUAAAGAUGAAAAUAAGCCGACAGAUGCAGAAUCUAAGCCUUCAAUUGACCAGUUCAACAGCAGCGUGUUUGAAGUCAUUCCCGAAAUUGAAGAUGGAAUUUCGCUCAAAAGUGACAAACAAGAUAAAAAUGAAAAUCCGAAUGAAACCGAAGAGGAGAAGGAUUUGGACAAUUAUUACAAAAAGCCGACCAGAGCAGGUAGCAAAUCCUCUCUUUGGCUUGAAUACGGCUGCGCUUAAUAUAAGAACAAACAAAUCGUUGACCAUUAUUUUACACUACAAAUUAUUUAUCAACUGCGAUUGUGAUAAAGUCUCUCUCCCUUAGUGAUUUUAAAUUAACUUAAUUUCUGUUUUGAGUAAGAAGUCGUUUAAUUUAUAUAAGUCAGAAAUCCGAAUGAAGUUAAGGGGGAUUUUAUUUUAGUUCAUAGACGAAU